UGCAGCUAGGAGACAGUUGUGUUGUUGGUGUCGCAGGAGAUUGUGUCAGUAAUUGAAGUAAAAAUGUCUUCAGCUUUGAGACAUUUUAUAAACGAGCGACUAACUGCUGCUGCUGAAGAAAUAUUCACAGAGUUUGAGAAAACUAUCGUCCAGUACGAGGAGGAGAUCGAUCGUCAGCGCAGACUGCUGGAUAACAUCUGGAAACCACAGAUCACCUUACAAAUACCAGACAUCCCACAGCAACACGUCUGUAAGGAGGAGGAGGUUCUCACUGAGCAGCAUCAUUGUAACCAAAGCUGGAACUUCAGUCGGGACCAAGAAGACCAAGAGCCUCCACUAUUUAAAGAAGAACAGACAGAACUCUGCACCAGUCUUGACCAGGUGGAACCAGAGCCUUUACAAGUUAAAGAGGAACAGGAGGAACUCUGCACCAGUCACGAGGGAGAGCAGCUUGUAGUAAAGCUGGAGACUGAUAUCUGUAUGGUGAUUCCUACUUAUGAGGAAAGUGACCACAGUGAACCAGAACCAUGCAGUUACCAAGUUCUCUCUCAUAACUCCUCUGUAGGUGAGAACCCAGAUCAGGCAGGAAGCAAAUGUGUAAACGCAGCAUCAAUUAGAGUUGUAGAGCUGAAGCCAAAGAAUAGACAUGACACUAACAGCAGUCACAGUAACAGUGUAGACAACAAAUCUGUGGAUGUUCUCAGUCAUCCAGGUCAUGAUAAGUCUCAAGCAAGCAUAAGUUAUGGCAACUGGACUAACCUCGUGUGA